UUCGUGCCCACCGAAACUACCAGUUGCUCAUGCGGAGAACCCCGUCAAACACGAGAACUAUGCAAUUGCCUUCUAUUUACCCACCAAAGUAUUCAUUUGCGCGUAUCUCUGCACCUCAUAUCCAGCGAAAUCAUGGGAACGGAGAAAGGAAUCGUGGCAAUGGUUACAUUUUUGGAAGAAUCCGAUGCAUUCAAGAAG